GUAAAUACCCCGGACAAUUUACGGCUCAAAAUGUGUAAGGCAGUUCCAUAAAAUUGUGAGUUAGGAGUAUGAAAUAAAAUUGUUACGCGGCGUACUUAACCUAAUGAUUUAUUUUGUCAAUUUUUAGUGAAUAGAUUUUGUUCAAAUUUUUUUUCCAUAAAUAGCAAAAGAAUGCAUCCAAGCGACCAUAAAACCUCAGAUAUUAUAGGAAGUUCUUCGCCUCUCAAUAGUGAAAAUAUCACCAAUAUCUCAAUCAAAUCUGAUGAGUCUAAAGAAGACACACAAGAAAGUGCAGAAAUAAAAGGUGAAUAUAAAACCGAAAUUAAUCGGAAAAGAGAAUCUUCCUCGUCUUGUGAAAAAAGUGUGGAAGAAGAAAUGUCUCCGAAUCGUCAAAAAGCGCGAAAAUUUGACGGAUUUUCGAUUGAAAGUAUAUUGCAAGCUCAUGUUCUUAACGAAAAACCACAAAGCCAAAAAUAUUCCGUUGAUUCCGUUUUAACCCAAAGCCGAGAGGACAGGGUAAGAGAAUGGGCUUUGCAAGCGGCGAGACAUGCAUACGACAAGCAAAUCGCCGCGAUUUUGCUCUCAAGGUACGGCGCAUUGGCAUCGGCCAGCAAAGACCAUGAAACUCCGAUGCUAUGGGAACACCGAAAUAUCAAAAAUACCUACACUCCGAAGAGUUUUUCGUUCGCAGCCAAGGCAUCUAGUCACGAAUCAAUUCCUACAUCCGAAGCAACAGAAAGUAUUGCUGCUAGUUGCUCUGCUAUUAAAUCGCCACCAAUACCACCAAUUACUUCAACGCCAACAAGCCAACCAAAUCCAUUUUCAGCUAUUGAUGAAUAUCGAGAAGUCUGUCAGAGAAACUUAACCACGGGGAAUCUUCGACCUCCAUUUCAGACCCUUGGAAGCUCAAAAGGGAUUUAUUCAUCUCAUACAUCUCCAAACAACAACUUAUGGAAGCCAACCCCAAUAUCACCGAACAAUCAGCUUGCAGAAAUGUUGCAUUUAUCCGCUUUAAUUUCUGGAAAAAAUAAAGGACUGAUGCAUAAUGGAGACGCUUCCCUAGAACGAAGGGCCUCUGCAUUCGCUUCAUGUGGAAACGAUUUACAAGAUUCCGCGAGAAAUAAGUUUCAACCAUUUGUUCGCAAAACUCAAGUUACUGAAGAAAAUAGUUCAGAUUGUGACUCAAAAAUGUAUGACUAUUUCAUGAAAAACAACAAUAAAGGAGAAAGUUGCUCUGAAGAUGAAAGAAAAUCUUCUUAUCACAACGAAAGAAAUAGAGCACCUUACUACUCGUCAGCGCAGUCGAAAACUAAGAAGCCUCGUAAAGCUAGAACAGCUUUCACCGAUGAUCAACUUACGCAGUUGGAGAAGAGUUUUGAGAGACACAAGUAUCUCUCGGUGCAAGAUAGGAUGGAAUUGGCACAGCGGCUGUCUCUAACAGACACUCAAGUGAAAACAUGGUAUCAAAACAGAAGAACAAAAUGGAAACGUCAAACAGCCGUUGGUUUAGAAUUGUUGGCAGAAACGGGAAAUUACGCUGCGUUGGAACGCAUUUUUCCACAUCCCCAUUUGCUGCUACAACAAGGUGUUCCGAAUCUACCAAAUGCGAUUCCUGCUUUUCCAUAUUCAUACCAAGCUUUGAAUGGUGCACCGAAUCCCGCAAUGUUACCUCUGUUGUGCCAGUUAUAUGGUAUGCAAGGCAGUAGCACAAAUCCUUCAAAAUCACCAAUAUCUCCUAUUCAUCCUUCUGCAACAAUGAACCACAGCUCAAACCAAAAAAAUCAGUUUUUAUCUGAAGUAUCACCAGAAGUGAACUGAGGACUCGUCGCGAACAGUCUACAGCCAUCAUGCUCAAUUUUAACAGAAAAGCGUUCUGCAAGAAAAUAAAGAUUUUUUCCAUUUCAAGUUCAAUCAGAUAUAUUGAUGGCAUGCAUACUUUAAAAUAGACAUUUCUGUCCCAAUAUCAAUGUAGUAUAACAUUUAAUUUCUACCAUGGUCUCUGACACUUAAUGUAGUUUCAACCGUAGUUAUGCAAACAACCUGUCAUAUUAUUCCAUAUGGUUUUGCUUAUUGCAAAUUUUAAUUUAUUCGGCAAAACACUGAAAAACUUUCGCCAAGUUACUGAUUUUGUAGAUCGAGAUCACCAUCGAGUCGAAAUUUUUGAUAUUGAGCUAUUAAUAAAAACCAUACUAUCACCUUUUUUAUCAUUCAUAAACAUUACUCUGAGAGAUUCAAAUGUUUAAAACCUUUUACUAAAUAAUUUAGUUCAGAAUCGUAUCUUAUUCGAUUGUCAUCAACUGCUUAACAUUUUAAGUUUGUAAAUAAAAUGAAGUUUGAUGAAUUUUGCUUUUGUCGGGUGUCGAAACAAGCUUUUAGUUUCGGUAAUCUGCAACGUGCGAGCAAUUUCAAUCUCAUUGUGUCGCGAAAUAUCAAUACCCGAGUGCCACUGUCAUAUCACUGGAACUAGCUACUGUAGCUAGCAAGAUUUUGUUGAAAAAUACACAAUGUUAUAAAAGCUUGUCUCUUUCUCACUGAAUUCGUUUGAAGUCGGUAUGACACUAAUCUUAAAUAGCAGUUUUC